AGUCAAGAGCUGGCGGCGUCGGGUGUGGCGCAGGGCGGGCCUGGAGGUGGAGGGCCGUCCCUCCCCCCCGGGCCCGCCCAGCCAUCAGGCCCGGCUUAGCUCUCCAGGGCUUCGUCUGGCGUCCCGAAGUCUUCUGCCCCCCCUUUUCUGCCGCCGGCUGCUCUCCUGACAACAGGACGAUCCGAGUAACAAGGUGACCUUCCUUCCUCAGGUGUCCUCAUGACUUCUCUUGUGGACCAUGUCCAUGAUCCUUUUUGCCUGUGUGGUUAGGGUGAGGGAUGGACUGCCCCUCUCGGCCUCCACUGACUUUUACCACAGCCAAGAUUUUCUGGAAUGCAGGAGACGGCUCAAGACUUUAGCCUUGCGACUGGCCCAGUAUCCAGGUCGAGGUUCUGCAGAAGGACUUGACUUCAGUAUCCACUUUUCUUCUUCGAGGGAUGUAGCCUGCAUGGCUAUCUGCUCCUGCCAUUGUCCAGCAGCCAUGGCCUUCUGCUUCCUGGAGACCCUGUGGUGGGAAUUCACAGCUUCCUAUGACACCACCUGCAUUGGCCUAGCCUCCAGGCCAUACGCCUUUCUCGAAUUUGACAGCGUCAUUCAGAAAGUGAAGUGGCAUUUUAACUAUGUAAGUUCCACCCAGAUGGAGAGCAGCUUAGAAAAAAUUCAGGAGGAACUCAAGUUCCAGCCUCCAGUGGUUCUCACUCUGGAGGACACAGAUGUGGCUAACGGGGUGAUGAACGGUCACCCACAGAUGCACUUGGAGCCUGCUCCUAAUUUCCGAAUGGAACCUGUGACAGCCCUGGGCAUCCUCUCUCUUAUUCUCAACAUCAUGUGCGCUGCUCUGAACCUCAUUCGUGGAAUUCACCUCGCAGAACAUUCUUUACAGGUUGCACAUGAAGAAAUUGGAAAUAUUCUGGCUUUUCUUAUUCCUUUUGUAGCCUGCAUUUUCCAGUGUUACUUGUACCUGUUCUACAGUCCAGCCAGGACCAUGAAGGUGGUGCUGAUGCUGCUCUUUAUUUGCCUGGGCAACAUGUACCUGCAUGGGCUGAGGAACCUCUGGCAAAUCCUCUUCCACAUAGGAGUGGCUUUCCUGUCUUCAUAUCAGAUACUGACGAGGCAGCUUCAGGAGAAGCAGUCUGACUGUGGAGUGUGAGGAUGACAUCACGGGAUGAACGGAUCCUUUGAUUUUCUUGUGAGGGUCAUCGGUGUUCCCCUGUUUGCUUCUCGACUUCACCUUAAGUUUCCACCCUUGAAGUUCCUUUCAACCAAAGCGGAUUGAUCCCGGGAGCUGAGAUUUUUCAUAGGUGCAGUUGAAAGCAUAAGAUUGCUUGACAUCCAGUCCCAGGUUUGUGCCAAGGGUUACUGCAGCAUCUCCAGUUCAGCACGAUUACUUCGGAUGGCAGAAUCUGGGGGCUUAUUCAGAAAGAGCAUUAUUGGAAGACCAAAAUGGACUCGUUUUGGUCUUUUAAAUUGAGUGAUGCAAUAAGCCACUAGAUUCAAUAACAGUAGUUUAAAGUAAUUGGCAGUUGUCUCUGAGGAACCACUUAAAAAUCUGUAUCAGCUUUUCAGUCUAAAUGUGACUUGGUUAGGUUUUUUUUUU